AUGGCCCGGCAGGUGGACGUCGCGACGCGGUCACUUGGGCGCCUAAAGCUCUUCUAUACAGGCGCUCCAUCACCUAUUCGAACUUGCUGCUUCUUUUCCAGUAUUUCCUCUUGCAAUGCAUCCAACUCCGAGUCUCCAAGUCUAUUUAAAACCUCCAGUAUCACGCACCAAAGUUUAGUCACCAGUGCACCAAACCUCCAGGCUUUACAGCACAUGCGCUGGCUCCUGCAGCAGCCACAGCGUCGCAUUUUAUUCCUCACAGGAAGUUCUGCAUCUGAUUCAUCUGUUCGAGCAGCACUGGAGCGAGAUUCACCGGUGUUUGAGCUGGAGCGACACGGCCACGGUGUCUUUAGUGUGCGUGAGUUCUGUCAGCUGCUGCUGCGUGAGCACGGCCACGAACGUCGUGUCUUUGGUCACGCUCAAUUGGCGGCAUUGCUGAUGCACAGCAGUCAAGAUGUGCCAAGUGUGGCUCGACUCACGGCAACGUCGAUGCUGCAGAGACGUAAAGUGACGCAAGAUUUACUGCAGCUUUUCCAGCUGUUGGAGCGAGAAGGGAUUGCACCUGAAGAGUAUUCGGUAGCAGUAGCUGCAUCGGGAGAGCCAUUGCCACAAGAACUGUCCGAGAUGUAUACAAGUUUUCAAGGACUAUUGAGGCAGCAUAAUGCUACGUCAUGGGAUGGACUGGUACUGGACAUGUUGACAAUGUGCAGAGUACAAAAAGGAGACGUGGAGAACACAUUGGCCAAGAAUUUGAGUCAGGCAAUGGUGCGAGAAUACACGGAUGUGGUGGUGGACGAUGUGCAGAGGAUGACACCAGCGAUGGCAAAGCUAGUGGGACAUUUGUGUGGUCAGUCCAGUGUGCAGUCCAGUGCCAGCUUCAGCCGUGUACUACUUGAAGGAGAGAAUUGUCCACGAACACAGAUUUUGGAGCGACAGUUGCUGUCGACGGCAGCAGAUACAGGUCAGACAUGUACGCUGAAUCGCACUGCGUUUGAGAUAGAUAACAAACCUCCCAGAGCGAAGAUGCAAGCCUUUGCACGGCAGGUGUUGACGCAACGCGCUGAUAUUAAUAACGAUGUGCCCGCGCCGGUCCCGUUGAAGUGCUGGCGCUUUGGUACUUUCGAGGCCGAGGAGAGGGGUAUUAGUGCAUUUCUAGUCCGCAAAUUGGCGGCUACUGGAGCUAUAAACGCCACUGUGGUAUGCCCCACGCAUGCAGAUGCACAUCGAAUCACGUUGGCAUUUCAGAAGCAGGAUCUACCAGCUCAAGUUGAUGGCGAAUAUUCAGCAGCAAGUGUCUCCACUGGUGCACCUAUCCACCUUUUUGACGAGCCUGGUGUGAACGCAGUGUAUUCACUACUGUGUGCGUUAUGCUUUCCGAGCGACUCGCGUCAUCUUUACAACGUUUUGCGGUCAGACUGUUUUGCUUUUCCGGCAGAGCUUCUUUCGUGGUUGAUGGAGAAGGAGCAUCGAAGCCACGUUGAUCUGUUUACGGUCCUUGAGACUUUUGUCGAAAAUCAUGGCAAGUCGCUUGGCACCUCCCUGAAUAAAAAAGAAGGGGAGAAGCAAAAGCUGCCUCAAGUAGUGUCUUGUCAGCACGAGGUCGGCUUAGAGAUAGCUAAGUCAUUUGUGAACAUCAUGAAGCAUCUUCGUACCAAAUGUCACGAACUGUCUGCGGCUGAAAUCGUGCAGAGCUUUUUGGAGAGGACAGGUCGACUGGAAAAACUACUGAGUCCUAACUCUCCGGAAGAAGAGCGUGAGUCGUUGGUGCUGGCAGAUUUUUUACGGGAACUCGAGACCGCGCAAGAAGUUGCAAUGAGUGAUAAAAUACCGUUUGUGGUGCCAUACUUGCAGCAAUUAAGGGAAACGAACUUGAUUUCGUCAGCUUCAUGGGCAGAUACAUUCGACGUUAGUACGAAGACAAGUGCCAAGGAUGCUUGUAUCCGUGUAAUCCCGCUGACAGCGUACGCGUUACAUUCUUACGCAUCUUCCCUGACUGAUGGUGAGGAAGGUCGCAAGCAUGUGUUGAUAUUGAUGUCAAUGCGCGAUAGCAAGUUCCCUGGGCGGAUGAAACGUCUCACUUUGCCGCUCCCGUAUGAUCUGCUCAGCGAACCAUAUCCACUGCAAACACGUAUUGAACAUCUCGAGCAAUGCCAACAGCUUGCAUACAAGGCCUUAACGUUGAGCGAGUAUGAUGAAGUGGUGCUGUCUUUUGCUGAAUUUACAGCCAUCUCGGCAUCCAAGCACGAAAGUUUAAGCCGGACCUUUCAACCGAUCUGGCAGGAAGGAGACCAACCAGCAACAGGUACCAGCUAUACCGGCGGCAGCAAAUGGAAGACUGAAUCAAGCUGUGCCAUUUCUUCACGAAAUGAGCAGUCAAUGUCCAAGCAAUCUGCUUCGAUAGAGGACACAUCCUCUGUGCAACAUGAGACCUCAAUCUUUUCGUUCUCGGAAAUAGCACAUCUCUUGCUUGACUUUGUGAAUCGCAUGAUCCCUUCAAUCACGCGAUUGAGAAAGUCAGCAAGGCAUGAUGAUCAUCGGAAAAUAGCCGCGGAUGUUUCCUCAAUAACAAAGAGUGACGAUCACCAAGCUGGUAGGUAUCGUCAUAAUCAAGAAACACCGUACGUGAAGCAGCCAAAGAUUACGACGUCGAUUUUGGACCCUGAGAGCUCUACACAUAGUACAAGCAUGGACACUCGUCUUCCAACGGCGUCAGCAGCAAGUGCAUCAUACGAACCGCCACAUUUAUCAUACUCGCAAAUCUCAGAAUACCUGCGCUGCCCACAUCGUUACUAUUUGGGCCGCAUAUUGAAGCUGAAUGGAGACGUAUCAACUCCUAUGAUGUUCGGGAGCGCGCUACAUGAAGGCAUAGCUGCUUUUGCAAAAGCGAUGGCAGAGGCUCAGCUGAAAGAAGAGGUUGCACACGAGGCGAAGGCACUUGCUACUGUGAAAGCGGAAGAAGCUUUUAUGCAGUCCUGGGUAGAUGACGGGUACGGACUUUUUAAGGAGCAGUCAUCUGUCUUGUUCGAGCGAGGCAUGAUGGCGCUAAGGGAUUUCAUGGAGACACACUUCAAUGACUUACAAUUGGAAGCGAUUAUCCACGUAGAGCAAGCGUUCUCUUUUUGCGUCCCUGAAGCCAAUGUGGAAUUGUGCGGUGUCUGGGACCGCAUCGACCGUGUUUCGGACCCAAAUGGCGGUGGGUCCUCUAAGUAUAUCAUUAAAGAGUUCAAGUCUAAUAUGGGUGGGGCCGAACGCAACAUGGGCAAACUAGCACGCGAAAGCUUACAGCUUAAAAUGUACAUGUACGCUUUCUGCAAGGUUUUUGGCGAGGCACCAUACGGAGCCAAGCUACAGCAAAUUGGUGAUAAUUACAGCGAUCCGAGUAGCAACGCUACCAAGCGUACCAGAAGCAAAAGAAUCAGCAAAGCAGGGAAUGAUGACAACGGAUUUGUCCUCUUCUCAACCGAAGCAUCGCAGGAGGCCGAAGAUGCUAUCGUUGAGGUCGCAACGGGCCUUCGUCGUGGAGAUUUUGAGCCCAAGCCAAGCUUCGCCGAGUGUGCUUUUUGUCCGUAUGCAGGGUCUGCCUGUCAUUUUGCUACCGAUGAUGCAUCGCGUGCACGUCGAUCUGCAAGAAAAACUCGCUUGGCAGUCCAAGGAUGA